UAAUAUUUUGUUUCUUGUUUCGCACUGUGACUGAUCCGCAUGCAUGUCAAAAUAAUGUCUGUUCCUAUUUUUCUAAUUGCAAGCUCGAUACGAUAGCUUGUGUAGGUGAUUAAAAAGUUGAAACUGAAUUCAAAUCGUGGUUUCUCAGCAAAAUUUCUGAGACUUUGUAGAGAAAAAAUCCGACAUCAUGGCGGAAGUUGCAGAGUACCGUGCGGAAAGUAUGAUUUCCGAACUGGAACAAAUGGAAAGAUUACAAAUUUUUGAUUCCAACAAGAUUAAGAUAAUAACAAGAAAGAGGAAAGAAUUUGAGUAUGGACUCCAGAAGAAGACAAUUAAAAUGCGAGACUACUCACGCUACAUACAGUAUGAGAUGGACUUACUGAAGCUAGUGGCUGCAAAAUUGAAGAGGAUGAAAAUAAAUCCCAAGACAACUACUAUUGAACGAUCUAUUGCCAGUCGUGUCAACAAACUUUUCACUGAGGUUAUAAGGCGGUUUCCAGAUCAACUAACUGGAUGGUUUUCAUACGUUCAAUUUUGUAAACAAGUGGGCUUUUAUAGUUGUGCCAGCCGUGUUCUAGAACAGAUGUUGGAGGUUCACCAUGAUAAACCUCAGAUUUUCAGAGUUGCAGCAAAAUGCGAAUUCGAAGAUUUCAAUUCCAUUAAUAAAGCUAGGAAAAUUUUAACAAAUGGUUUGCAUCUACACAAAGAUGACAAGUUACUAUACAAAGAAGCAUUUUCAUUAGAGGUUAAGUAUGCAGCUCAAAAACGCGAAGAAGCUGCCGAAGUCAAUGCCUCGGCAGACUCGGAUCCAAUAUUGAAAGGAGGCCUUGUCAGAGUAAUGUAUGAUUCUGCAGUUAAAAACAUAAAUGACAUCGACUUUAUGAUUGACUUGCUCAAUAUAAGCCGUAAACAUGAUUUUCUAGCAGAAAUAAAAAAUAGCAUUGUAAAUGACAUGAUGGUCCGGUUCCCUACUGAUGAACUAACAUGGCAUACAAUUGCCAAGUUAGAAUUAAAUGGGCGGAAUAUUGAUGGAACACAAUCAGUGCGAGAGAGAAUAGAACGGUGUAUAAAUUCUUACAUAGAAACACUGAAGAGACUUCCUACGGAUCGUAUGUGGGCCUUCUACCUAGACACGGUCAUCGAGCUAAACAAAGACUCCAGUUCAAUACCUAACUUCAAAAGAAAAAAACUGCGGGAAGCUUUCCAUAGUGGAUGUGAAUUGAAUAAAUUGACUGAAAAUCAUUACCUUUAUUGGAUAGAGGUUCUACAAAAUGAAAGUAAAUGCAGUGAAAUCGGCACAAUCCUAGAAAAUGCAACUAAGUGGAUACCAACUUCUGUACCUCUAUGGACUGAACGUCUCCGGUAUCAUUUCUCCGAGGGUCAGGAGGAAAUAGCAGUCGAAGUUUUCAAGAAAGGCGUUCAAAUUUUAGGAGAACAAUCUUUACCUCUUUUAAAAAUUGCAAUCCAAUACUGGCAACUAUCUGAUAAAGACAAAGUCAAAGAAAUAUUUGAAGGAGGGGUUCAUUCAAGCCAUGAGUGUAUUUCCUCACAGCUGAAACCUAUGUACCUAGAGUGGCUAGCUCUCACAAAUGGCAUGAGUGCAGCUCGCAAGAUGUAUGAUUCCUUAUACUCAAUUCCUCCUUUCUGUGCUCAACUCCAUGUGAAAAUGGCUGAAAUUGAAAUUAUGCGACCUAGUCUUGCCCUGAAAAGAAUUCGUAAUGUCUACGAGGCAGCAUGCCGGCAGUUUGGGACAACUAGCACAGACUUCUGGUUGGAAUAUAUUAAACUUGAGAUGAUGCACGGUGAUCCGUCAGCCAUCACGAGCAUCUACCAGCGCGCAGUGUCAUCCUUAAAACCUGCUUUUGUCGACACCUUUGAACGAGAUUUCAACUUAUUGAAAACAAAUACUGUCUUGUCAUCAAGCUGAGAUCAUAAUCAAAACGUCCCUCAGUUUGUUUCAAAAUAAGUCUGUGAAAGCUUAGAACGAAGGCCCUUUACUGAAAUUAUUGUUCUAUAAUCUGCAGACCAAUCCUUGUCCGGACAAAGGAGUUUGCCAUACUUAAAAAAACAACUGUGCAUCAUUGCUAUUGAUUAGCUUUAUUUUACCAAGCUUCCUACAAUCCAUAGUGGAAAACUAUUGUUUUAGUCAAAAUAACUCUUUUAGCAAUUGCAAUAACAGACAAAAGGGUUAUUAAGUGAAAUUAUGAAUAAUUUCAAAUUAUUAUAUUAUUAUCAUUGAAUUUCUUUUUUCAGUUAGCGCUCUCAUAAUAUAAUAUCCUUUGGUAAAUCAAGUUAAGAUAAAGCGGAUCUGGCAAUACUAGUUCUGCCAAGACAAAACCUAUUUUAAUUGAAUUGCACCGACAAAACUGUAGCUAUUUCUUUUUUUCUUAUUUUGGUCA